AUGGCGUGUGCUGCGGCUCAGGCGGAGGCGGUGUUGGGUCCGUGCUGGAUGCAGGAUCGUCGCUGGGGUGUUGCACUCACCGCAGGCAUGGUGAGCGCCGACGAAGAUGAGGAUGCAUUUAUGACGCUGGAGUGCAUGCCACCAACUUACAGUGCCGUCAACUUUCACUUGAACGAGGUCGUUAUCUUUCGACAUUUAACGCGCCUAGUCGCACCGCUGUCGUAUGUGGUUCAUGCAGUUUUCUACUAUAGUGAGGAGUUUUGCAGCUACGUCCGUGUGACGCAUGAGAAUUGCUGCUGCAUUGGAUGA